AUGGAUCAACUAUCGCAUUUGUAUUGUAAAGUGAUAAAACGACAAGCAAGUAUUUCUAACCUUAUCCGACAAAGGAGUUAUCCUUCACCAUCUGAAGAUACAAUGAAUUUAUUAUUCAAUCAAACAAACUGUCACCAUCAGUGCUUUAAUAGACAACCUUGGAUCAAAAGUCGGACACUGUCAAAAUUACAGCGACUGUUGAUAGUGAUACCAUUUCUUGUAACCAGCUUGUUCAUUUACAUCGCGCUAAGCUUGUUUCUCACCGGUUCUUGUUUAACUUCACCAUCGUCUAGAUUACCGUCUGUUUCAACUCACUCUAUACAUCAAUCUCGGUCGCCGUUAUCCAUUCAAAAUUUCCCGAACAAAGACGAUGUAGAACUCGAAAUUGAUUCGUCAACCGGCUUACCAGACCCUCCUUAUGAAGAGGCGAUAAAACAGAGUGAUCCAAUGUUUCCACCAGAUAUUUUCACACUUGACCAGAAACGUAAAGGAGCUGUUGUAUUGCACAUCAUUGGUGUGAUUUACAUGUUUCUCGCUUUGGCCGUUGUUUGUGAUGAAUUUUUUAUUCCCUCACUGGACGUUAUUACCGAGAAACUGGCUAUAUCUGAGGAUGUUGCCGGAGCUACAUUCAUGGCGGCCGGAGGCUCUGCUCCAGAACUAUUCACGGCUCUUAUUGGAGUUUUCAUUAGCCAUGACGAUGUUGGUAUUGGAACCAUUGUAGGCUCAGCAGUUUUCAACAUACUUUUCGUCCUCUCAAUGUGCGCCUUUUUCUCGACUCAAACCCUGGAACUAACCUGGUAUCCAUUGUUUCGCGAUGUUUCCUUUUAUUCAUUCACCCUCAUCUCCUUAAUGAUUUGUUUCAAAGAUUCAUGGAUAACAUGGUAA